AUCCCUCAUCCUCUCACCAUCUUAGGACACGAUCGGAUAUUCUGGUUCGGGGAUCUCAACUAUAGGCUAUACUUGGAGGACAAUUCAGCCAGGCAGCUGAUAAAGAAACUAGACUGGAGAGCACUGCAAGAGUUUGAUCAGCUUCGUAGGGAACGAGAAUAUGGUGGGGUAUUUCAGGGAUGGGAGGAGGGAGCUAUAGAAUUUGCACCUACCUACAAGUAUUCUUCAUCAAAUUGCAAUCGCUACUCCGGUGGGGUUCCAAGCAGAUCAGGAGAGAAGCAAAGGACUCCAGCAUGGUGUGAUAGAAUUCUAUGGUAUGGAAAAGGGUUGACGCAGCUUUCCUACUUCCGUAGCGAGAGUAAGUUCUCUGACCAUCGGCCCGUCUCUGCCCUCUUCUCUACACAGGUAGAAGUAGUGAACUCCACUAAUCCAAGAGUCGUUUCAAGGCAUACCAUUCUUCCCACCAUACCACCUCCUGUUGAAACCGAGCAGAGCAACCAUGAUGAGGAGGCCGAAUCUACAUUGAUAUCAUUGAUCGUAAAGGAUUUACAAGCAUCACCAACACAUAAUACAAGAUGUAUAGAACAAAUAGAUGACAGUGAUUGCAGCUAGCCUUUGGCACAUCGUGUUGUUGCAUGCGUGCUCUAAAAUGUGUCACGAAA